GGAUUCCAGUUUGGAGCCACAACCAUGAAGAUGUUUAUUCUUCUUGCCAGCCUCCUGGGGCUGCUUAUUCACUCAGCGAUUGCCAGCAACGCUAUCCAGCUCAUAAACAAGGGAAACGAUGGAGGAACUGUGUACCAAACAGUCAACAUUAACCACAACACCAACGUCGCUGCCUUCAACAUUUACUCUGGAAGGCAUUCAACCAACGCCAUUGUGGACUACAACAGCGGGGUUGUCAUCUAUCACAUGCCUUUCAGGAGGCUAUGUGUCAUGUCCAGGAUGAAUCGGCAAAGCUUUCCAAGUAUCUCAAAUCUCGAGAGCAUGAUGCACGAGGGGCAUCCCUUGAACACCCUUCACAGAAGCUAUGGGAUUUCUCGCAAGGUGGUCACAAACAUCGCUGACUAUGGUGCCCCCGCCCAAGCCAUUUGUGGAGGCAUGACUACUUACUGGGCUACCGAGUUCCAAAGGCCCCGCCCCUUGGUUGAAGGCAAGGGCUGCGCAGGCGUCAAUCUGCUCAUUCUGGACAUUGACUUGUGUGGCGGCAUCUCCCUCUUCUAGCCAGGAUCAGCACCAACAUCUGCUCCAAGCCAACACAACUUGUGACCUGCCCACCAAGACAUCGGCCAUCCCGUCGCCUUGCCAGCUGCCAGGGCCUGUUUCAAGUCCCAAGGUUGGGUUGGGAAGGACACGGGAGGUCAAGGCCUGCCUGGUGACCUCCCAACAAUUGCUCUCUAAUUUCAUUUGAGGACUGGUUCCUGCAGUGGCCGUCAAAAAUAAAAUAAAAUUU